UCCACGCUUAACGUGGUGAACAAACAUACUCAACCAGCCAACGGACUAGUCGAACAAAAAUCAGCUGGUCGAAUUGUCUGUGUUGGAACUUUCCCUCAAUGAAACCGGGUCCCUACUUUAUGUUGCGAUACAAACCGUCAGUCUCUUCACGGAUGCCCUGCUGAACGGAUGUGUUAACAUAGUUGUUUGCUCCGAACAUGGUGUUGUGGUUUCCUGCAGCAUAGAAAAAUUGAGUGUUCGUGAUUGAACUUGGAAACAGUUCUUAUGAAGUUUACAAGCGCAGUAUCAUGUUGGAUAACCCGGAACCGCGAAUCACGUUCGAAGUACCUACUGAUUUGGACUUCGACAAGUUGAUUCGUGACAACAAUUACACACUCUACUGGCAAAAUUUGCACAGCGAACCGUUCCGAGAGAAAUCGGCCGCAUCAGCGGAUUCAGUGCUCGGAGAUCGCAACUCAAGUGAUUUUAAUCUGAUGAGCAGUUUAAGGCAUUUCGCCGGUGAACGAAGUGGUUCGGGUCUAGGCGGCAUCGGGUGGGGAAUAUCGACCGGUAUUAGUGAUGGGGCUGACGCUGGGAUGACACUUGUAGAUUCCAGCUAUUUGUGGAUAGCAGCCGUGAUGGUGCUGCUGAUUCUGUCCGGGUUAUUUUGCGUGUGUUCCUGCUACUUGUACUACAAAUAUCGGAAGUGGCAAAAGUGCGUAUCAGUUGCCACCUGCCACACUUUGUCGAACUUGGAUGUCGAAGCACCACCACCUUACGAUGUCGAAAUGCUUCCCUCCUAUACGAUAGCUUCCGGGUUACCAACGUACGAGGAUGCUAUAAGGCAUCUUACCUCCCGCCAGCGGACGUCUUUCGGAUACGAGCUUGCUCGGAGGCCUCAAUUGCAUCCUCCAGGUUUAAUGAAAUUUUUCGAGUCGCGUCCACAAAACUGGCUCAAUGUCACCGUAUUUGAGGAAAUACGCUACAAUUUUGUGGGCCGGGGAGAUACGACGGAGCGCGUGGAAUCGGUACCAAAAGUUAUGUCCGACAGGACCAUCAGUAAGCUCUGCGUCACCAAACCGGAAAACAACGCUGGCUUGUACAAAAUUCAAGCGUGUGUGCUGGAAAACGAAAAGAAUGCCGCAUCCAAUUGAUAAUGUGACCUACUGCCAGUGGAACAGUGACUGUGUUAUUAUGUAAUUAUAUUCUAUUUUAUUAAGAGAUUGAAGACUGUGUGUAUAUUUUAUGAAAAAAUGAUUGUAUAUUUUAUGAUAUUAAGAUUUUUAUGAAAAAGUUGUACAUUUCAUUUAGUUUUACUUUAAUGAGUGUGAAAUACUAAAAGUUUCGAAUGACAGAAUAACGUUCGAGUGUGUAGAGUUUUUAAAUAAUACUAAAUAAAGACUGGUAAAGUAG